UGGAUGUUCAGGUUCCUCAGGCUGUUGAGAACCUCAUCUUUGCCUACAGCAGGAGGAGCAAUGCUCCUCCAGUUCCCACCUUCUGAACCAUUCACUCGAAGGCUGUGUGUAGAGCAGCCACUGAUCCAGAAUGCGAAUGAUGUGCUCAUAGCACCACUGGAGAAGUUCCGUAAAGAACAAAUAGGAGCAGCAAAAGAUGGGAAGAAGAAGUUUGACAAGGAAAGUGAGAAAUAUUACUCCAUCCUAGAGAAGCACUUAAAUUUAUCAGCAAAGAAGAAGGAAUCUCAUUUGCAAGAUGCAGAUACACAGAUUGACAGAGAGCAUCAAAACUUUUACGAAGCAUCAUUGGAAUAUGUUUUUAAAAUUCAAGAAGUACAAGAGAAAAAGAAAUUUGAAUUUGUUGAACCUCUUUUGGCCUUUCUUCAAGGAUUAUUUACAUUUUACCAUGAAGGAUAUGAACUGGCUCAGGAGUUUGCACCAUACAAGCAGCAGCUUCAGUUCAAUUUGCAGAAUACCCGGAAUAAUUUUGAGAGCACGAGGCAGGAAGUGGAGAGACUCAUGCAAAGAAUGAAGUCAGCCAACCAAGAUUACAGACCACCAAGUCAAUGGACAAUGGAAGGCUAUCUGUAUGUGCAGGAAAAAAGGCCACUUGGAUUUACAUGGAUAAAACAUUACUGCACUUAUGAUAAAGGAACAAAAACAUUUACAAUGAGUAUAGCCGAAACUAAAUCUGGUGGAAAAGUGAAUGGCCUUGUCACAAGCUCACCAGAAAUAUUCAAGCUGAAAUCUUGUAUCAGGAGAAAGACAGACUCAAUUGACAAACGCUUCUGUUUCGAUAUCGAAGUAUUUGAGAGACCUGGAAUCAUCACACUGCAAGCUUUUUCAGAAUCCAACAGAAAACUGUGGCUGGAAGCUAUGGAUGGAAAGGAACCAAUCUACACACUGCCAGCCAUUAUUAGCAAGAAGGAAGAGAUGUUCUUAAAUGAAGCAGGUUUCAACUUCGUGAGGAAAUGUAUCCAUGCUGUAGAAACAAGAGGUAACUAUUAAAUCACAGAUAAUAUAUUAGAUUAC